GAGACUUAAAACACCAUGUCAUCCCAUCUCAUUCGUGAUUUCCAUUCCAAUUUCUCGCAAUUUGAACUUUGGGCAUCAUGAGACAUCCGGCAAGAACACUAGGAUGCCUCUCAAUCCUCAGCGCGCAAGUGCUGGGGAAAAUAACUUUUCCCGACUGCACCGGCGGGCCAGAGAUCUUAACGACCAACCUUGUCUGUGACACGACUGCUAGCCCUUUAGAAAGAGCUGCAGCAUUGAUAAGUGCCUGGAAUAUAACAGAGAAAUUAGGUAACCUCGUAGACAAGAGUCUCGGAGCGCCUCGUCUCGGACUAGGUGCGUACGAUUGGUGGAACGAAGCUCUCCAUGGCGUCGGGUGGUCUCCUGGAGUUGCGUUCGCACCUUCGGGCGAGUUUUCGCAUGCGACUUCUUUCGCUAGCCCGAUCCUGUUGUCAGCCGCCUUCGACAAUGACUUGGUUCAUGCCGUAGCCGAAGCUAUUAGUACGGAAGCUCGAGCAUAUAGCAAUUUUGGGCACGCAGGACUUGACUACUGGACCCCGAACAUCAACCCUUAUAAAGACCCAAGAUGGGGCCGUGGAUCAGAGACACCAGGUGAAGACCCUUUCCGCAUCAAGGGGUACGUCAAAGCUUUGAUAGAUGGCCUACAGGGCAAGGAGAACAUCACUAAAGUCAUCGCAACGUGCAAGCAUUACGCCGCUUACGACUUAGAAUAUUGGGGAGGAAUAAAGAGAUAUGAAUUCGAUGCGAUUGUCGGGAUGCAAGAUCUGGUAGAGUAUUAUCUCCCUCCGUUCCAGCAGUGUGCGAGGGAUUCCAAAGUUAAGUCAAUCAUGUGUUCCUACAACGCCAUCAACGGGACUCCCGCUUGCGCGUCAACAUAUUUGAUGGGGACCGUUCUCCGAGAUUUUUGGGAGUGGAAUGAUGAGAGUCAAUACAUCACCAGCGACUGUAACGCCAUUCUAAACUUUCACGAAGACCAUAAUUACACGACCACCGCAGCACAAUCAGCUGCGAUAUCUUUGAUAUCUGGAACGGAUAGCAUAUGUGAAGUCGGUUCUAAUACGGACGUUGCUGGAGCAUGGGACCAAACGCUACUGCCGGAAGAGGUGAUCGAUAAAGCUCUUCAACGCAUGUACGAGGGACUUAUCCGCGCAGGAUUCUUCGAUCCCGCUGAUGCGACUCCGUAUCGAUCCUUAUCCUGGAACGACGUCAAUACCCCUGAGCACCAAGCCCUGGCCGUUCGUUCCGCCGCCGAAGCAAUUGUGCUCAAGAAGAACGAUGGCAUUUUACCCCUGAAAGUUGAUAAUGGGACUUCCAUCGCCCUUAUCGGUUUUUGGGCGGACGGCCUGAGUCUGGCCAUGCUCGGCGGAUAUGCUGGGCUCCCUCCCUACAUCCGAGGACCAGUACAAGCGGCGCAGAAUCUCGGCUUCCAGAUCGCAAAUGCCACCGGACCAAUCAAGCAGAACGCCUCAGAUACCGACACGUGGACCGAGGCCGCGCUGGAAGCUGCUAAUAAAUCAGAUAUCGUGAUAUACUUCGGUGGUAACGACAUGACAGUAGAAGCGGAAGAGCUUGACCGAUUCUCUAUCGCCUGGCCCAGCGCCCACUUAGCUUUGAUCGAGAAGCUCAGCAAACUGGACAAGCCGUUCAUUAUCGUUGAGCUAGGAGACCAGAAUGACGACUCUUCGCUUCUAGGUGACGAUAAUGUCUCUGCUAUAUUAUGGGCCGGAUUCCCCGGGCAAGAUGGAGGGACCGCUGUGUUUGAUAUCUUGACUGGCAAGACUGCGCCGGCCGGUCGAUUGCCUGUCACAUUGUACCCCGCAGAAUACGUUGACCAAGUCCCGAUGACUGACAUGAGCCUCCGGCCGAGUGACACAAGCCCCGGCAGGACGUACAAAUGGUAUGACAAUGCGGUACUACCCUUCGGGUUCGGACUGCACUACACUACCUUUAAACCCUCAUUCGGACCCGAUGCCUUUUCCGCCAAGACAUACGACAUCAGCGAGCUUCUCGAUGCUUGUAACGCGAAGUACUUGGACCUCUGCCCAUUUGAAACAGUGGGUAUCUCCGUCGAGAACACCGGCAACGUGACUUCGGACUUCGUUGCUCUAGCAUUCUUGUCCGGAGAAUAUGGGCCAGCUCCGCAUCCUAUCAAGGAACUGGCCGCGUACGCCCGUGUUAAAGAAGUGAAGCCCGGAGAAACGAAGGAGGCCAAGUUAGGGUUAACAUUAGGGGACCUUGCACGCGUAGAUGAAAAGGGGAACACUAUCUUGCACCCGGGGACUUACAACUUCUUGCUUGACGUGCCAACACAAGCUACGAUUAGCUUCGAGUUGACUGGGGAGCCGGACGUGCUCAUCGAGUUCCCACAACCUCCGGCCGACCUAGGGGAAGGCAAUGGGCAUGAGAAGUACACGCCAAAAUGACAUGCUUGAGAUAAUUAGAUGCUACAUCACCUAAGAUCAAGGGAAUGGCUCAGCUACAUGUUGUUAAUUAUUUACCUAACUAGGAUUGCAUGGUGCUAAACAAGAGGUCAUAGAACAGUUUAGAUCCUCAGCCUUGAACGCUAUUCCUUACGUAAUUGAUUAUUCCGUAGCCAACCACA